GUUUGAGUAAGUCACCAAGAACGCAGUGUUUAUUUGGAACUUGAGAGGCCUACCAAGGAGAUUUUCUACUCUCAGAAAUAUAUUAAAUAUUGCCGAAUAGUUUGUAUUGAUGAAAGUGACGUGAUGAUGCGUGUGAUGAUUCUGGUGCUGUCCAUUCUUGAAGCCGGCGGAACCAAUCGAGUAACCACUACGUGCACACCCAGCGCUUGCUUUACGUUACAUUUGGAGAGGGACAUUUUUGAAAGGGCACAUGAGAACUGUAUCAACUAUGGAGGCAAUUUGGUAACGGUUAGUCAGCACGGUGAAUUAGAGAACCUCACAUCGGCUCUUUUAGCAGCAGGCGAUCAAUCCGUCCUAACAUCUAAACUUUGGAUAGGUCUCGUGCUGCCUAAAGGACGCUGUACAGAUUUCAACGCGGAGUUGCAUGGCUUCAGAUGGACGUCUGAGACAAACCAUUCCAGAUAUUCCAAUUGGAAAAAGAAGCCUUCGCCUACAUGCACAGAGAAAAGGUGCGUAUCGGUUUCGUUAUCGGAUGAUCUCAAAUGGUCAGAUGGCUCUUGCAAAGACGACGCCUUUUAUAUGUGCAAAUAUCUUUUCCGAGGCACGUGCAAACCCAUAACGCUGGAAGAACCUGUUGAUGUCAGUUAUAAUCUUCCAUUUUUAUCCAAACCACUAACUCAACAAGACGGGUUGGCAAUGUUACCACAUGGAACAUUUGCUGAAAUCAGGUGCAGUGGCUCGGCGGACAGUGAACUAAUUCACUCAUUGUGUGAUAACAAACUGGGUCCAUUCGGCUGGACAAAGUCAGAGCGUUUUUGCGCACGGGAUGCAAAAAGUUGCAAGCACAAAAACGGAGGUUGCGAUCACAUUUGUUCAGAAACAGCUGGAGGGAUUCGUUGUGAAUGUCGCGAAGGUUAUUACUUGAGAGAUGACACAUUUAGUUGUGCUCACAGAAACAACUGCGAACAUUCACAUUGCGAGUCAAAAUGCGAAUCGACACCCGCUGGUUUUUCAUGUAAAUGUCUGGAUGGAUUUCAGCUUGCGCGGGACAACGUCAGCUGCGUCGAUAUCGAUGAAUGCCGUCAAAGCAUCUGUGGGGAACAUAGGUGUCACAACAAACCGGGAGGCUACUUUUGCGAGUGUAAACCCGGUUUCAGUCUUCUCGCCGGAAAAUGUGAAGAUUUGGACGAAUGCACCGAACACAGAUGUGAGCAGGGCUGUCUCAAUUCACAGGGCUCAUUCUCUUGUUACUGCUACGCGGGAUACAGCUCAUCACCUAAAGCCAAUGGGACAUGUAUAGAUAUCGAUGAAUGUCUUAAUAGGCCGUGUGAACACACGUGCCUGAAUACUUUGGGUAGCUACAGGUGCUCCUGCACGCAACAUUUUAGUUUAGCUGAAAAUGGCAUCAGCUGCAUUCCGAAUCCCACAGAGAAACCUCAGGACACCCCAACGUCCCAAGAAAAUAAAGACACACUAAUCACACUCUUGAGUCAGUCACCUGACGGUUAUGGAUCAACAGUCAGUCCCAUGUCACCUAACCAAGAUACGAAAACAGACUCUAUCAAACGCUCUAUCCCAGAAAGUUUCCUCGGGAGUUCUUGGAUUUUACUGUGUGUGGUAGGUUCAGUUAUUCCAUUGCUUAUACUUAUUGUGAUCACGUCGGUCAUUGUCAUCUACCGAUGGAAACGUUCAAGAAAGACUACCAAGGAAAAUGUCACUGCUGAUAACUAUUGCUGGGUUUCAUCUGGACUGGACAAUGUAGAAAAAAACCAUCGCUAGUUUUUUAAGUAUAUGUGGAAUUGAAAUGUCAAUUACAUUAAUUUAGCUUUGCCUACAUGUAAAUGUUACAUAUUUUGUCAGCAGGACAGACAUCACGAAGAUGGACUGUCUCACUAUAAUUCAAACACCUGGAAACCUUUAAAAUAAUUUUGGGUGGAAACUGUCCUCCAAACUAAAAUUCAGAUAUCGUGUUUUAUUUUUGAAAAGUAUAAAAAAACUCACAGGAAGUGAUAUAUAGUAAAUCAAACGUUGGGCGUUGGCCUAUUGUGUGUUUUAAAUGUUGUAUUUUUUUUAUUCCAUUUUUUUAUAAAAAAAUUGUGAUGACACUGAUUUCAUAUUUUACAUGUUUGCUAAUGUUGUGUUUCAUACUUUAGACUUAAAACUUUUUUAAUUAUUUAGGCGAUGGGUCAUCUCGGUUUAAAUAUAAAGAAAUUUCGCAAAUGUUUUUUGUUGAAAAAGAAAUUUGACGUCUUUGGGAUUAUUAAUUUAUCCAUCCUCACAAAAUGUAAUAUCCUUUGGCUUUAACGGGGUUGAAUUGAUCAAAAUGCAUAACAUAUUUUUAUGUAAAAUAAAAUGAGAUUCAGUGUGCUGUUGAAA